AUGCAGAGCCAUGGAAGGGUGAAAGUUUCAUUCGAACUUGUCGACUUCGAAAACACCGGUCACAUAGAACUUGACGGGGGAUGUUGCGACAGCUUUAUAGGUUGUGGUAGUAGUUGCGACAACAGAUUCAAUCUCUGCUUCGAUGUCUACGGAGGGAAUAACGAUAUGACCGAUUGUGCUUAUGGCAACUUUCAAACGGACCGCCUCUAUGAAAAUAACGAUGAUUUCAGCUUCCCGUCAGCUCUAACCAGCAAGCUAGUAAACCCAAUUGUAUUGACUGUCAAUUCAUGGUCGAUUGGAUUCAAGUCCAAGAUUGAAGUUUGGGAUUAUGAUCCAUCUAAUGCAGACGACAAGAUAGAUUAUUACGGCUACAAUUACCCCUAUAGUCCCGAUCGAACAUCAGCUUCGGCAACAGAACACACCGUGACACAGAAUGGAGCAGGAACAUCUCUAACGAGGGUUGCAGUGAAGGUUUACUGCGAUGUGCAUUACUACGGAACGUCUUCAGGCUGUAGCACAUAUUGUUUAGCGAGAGACAACAUUGAAGGCCACUAUGAUUGUAAUGAUAUUACAGGAGCUAGGGUUUGUCACCCAGGAUGGCAAGGAUCUUACUGCAGUAUGGAGAUCAAUGAAUGUGACUCAGGUCCAUGUCAGUUCAACGCAGUCUGUACAGAUCUCUUGGCUAAUUAUAGAUGUAACUGCCCAGAUGGUACACGAGGUAAGAACUGCGACGAUAUAGACGAGUGUUCUUCAGAACCCUGUGAACACGGAGGCACGUGCGAGAAUGAACUCAACCACUAUCGAUGUGAUUGCCCAAGAAGGUAUAGCGGUGCCAACUGCGAAUUCGAGAUCGACUUCUGUAACUCUGAUCCCUGUCAAAAUGGUGCAACAUGUCUGGGUGAAAAUGACAAUCACGUCCUGGACUGUGUCUGUGCUCUAGGUUACACCGGUGUUUUCUGUGAUGCAGAUUUCAAUGAAUGUAUCGGAGUAGACUGUCUGAAUUAUGGCACUUGUCAAGAUGGCGUUAAUGAAUUUACCUGCAAUUGCACAGAGGGGUAUGGAGGAACCUACUGUGAGUUAGAUAUUCGAGAUGAGUGUGCAUCCAAACCAUGUAAGAACGACGCGGCAUGCGUAGAUAAGGUUGGCGGAUAUGUUUGUGUAUGCCGAGCUGGCUUUCAAAGUGGUAACUGUGAGGAGGAUGUCAAUGAGUGCGAUCCCGAUCCUUGUUCUUAUGGUAACUGCACAGAUCAAGUCGGACAAUACACAUGCGACUGUUGGCCUGGCUACUCUGGAGAGAACUGUACAGUGAACAUAGACGAAUGUGUGGAUAACAUGUGCCAGAAACAUUCAACUUGUCAAGACGGAGUAAAUAACUACACAUGUAUUUGCAUGUCAGGGUAUACCGGUGUCUACUGUGACACUGAGAUUGAUGAGUGCUCAAGCUCUCCAUGUCAGAAUGGCGGAAGGUGUGAGGACAGUCUUAACAGUUUCACGUGCCAAUGUGUGUCGACGGGAUACCGGGGUCUACUAUGUGAAAUCGACAUUGAUGAAUGCCAGGAUGAACAAGUGUGCCCAUCCAACAAGAUCUGUGCUAAUGUUAAUGGGAAAUACGAUUGCAACGACAAACCUCCGGAACCGACUCCCAUUCCAGGACUGUGUCGUACCAGUGUGUGCUAUAAUGAAGGAACAUGCCAGAUCAUCAAUGGUAGCUACCAAUGCGUAUGUACAGAUGACUUUUCAGGCGAGCUUUGUGAGACUCCCACAGAGCCAUGUUCUUCUAGCCCAUGCCAGAACGAUGGAAGCUGCCAUGUCGUAACUGCGGGGGAUGGGUCCGUCUAUUACAUUUGUCAAUGCCCGGAAGAUUAUGUAGGAACAAACUGUGAACUACUUUCAGCGCCUCAGACGGAAGCAGGUCCGAUCCAGGGGAGGGUGAAAGUUUCAUUCGAACUAUCAGACUUUGAAAACACCGGUCACAAAAAACUUGACGGGGACUGUUGCGACUUCCUAUGUGGUAGUUGCGACAACAGAUUCAAUCUCUGCUUCGAUGCCUACAGUGGGUAA